GUGCUUUGGGCAUGGCUCUUUUUUUUUUUUUUCCGAGGGCGAGUGGUUAUGUUCCGAGGGUGGUAUCUGCUCAUCGCCAGUUCUCCAGAAUCGUUUACAUAGCCAUAUGAACAACGAUAAAAAUAGCACCCUGAUCAUUAAGAGCACCCUGUCAUGAAUUCCAACGAAUGGCUCCUUGACGGACUCCCCACGCACUUGCCCAACGAAGAGGCAGAAACCCCCGAGCCCAGACCCCAACCCAAGCCAGAAAGUGAUCCCUCAGACGACGAACAGGUGACCUUGAUUCCAGGCACAAAUAUAUCAUUACAGACAGACGAAGACAUUGCUAAGUGGAUAGAAGAACGGAAGAAGAAAUGGCCUACAAAUAGAAGAGUUCAGGAAAAGCAGCAGCAGCAGCAGCUGCUGCUGCCAGCAAAAAGACUGGCUGCCGAUGAUCAACCAAAGAAGAAACAAAAGACCGUUUGCCGGUUUUACCAACAACAUAAACGGUGUAAGUUUGGGAACCAAUGCAGUUUUGUUCACGAGACUCAGCAAAGUAAGCCCUCUUCUGGCAGCACCAAGAUGUUGAACGGAAUCGAAAUCAACGUCCCGAAAAGAUUCACCAACGAGAUGUACGUAAAUCCAGCCACUAAUUCUUCUUUGUACAAGAUGUUGGUUCAACGGGACUUGUACCUGAAUCAAAACGAGAUUGUUCUUGAUUUUAUCGAGUAUUUAUACGAUAAAGGCUUAAUUGACGAAAACGUUAAUUUAUGAAGUAAUGACAUAUAUAGAUAUAUAAUAAUAAAUACUUUUAAUGAUCAACAUGGGGU